CAGCAACAGAAAGCGCUGCCGAUUCUUUUCAGCGUAAUUUGAUGUAUAAGGUCAAGAGCUGAUGUAUAUAGUGAAUGAUGGGUUCCUUAGACGCCAUAAUGUUGGCGGCGAAACCCUAGCUGUGAGGAUAAUCGUGGCGUGGUACGGCGCUCUGGUUUCCAUUGCGGCCCGGUAGCGUUUUGUGUGCAGUAUGCGUCAGCCAUUUUUAUUCCUAGGCAUUCGCCUCGCAGAGAGCGUUUGUUCGGUAACGACAAUGCUUCUGAUAGCUUCGAGUGCAACGUGAAGUGAGGCGCGGCACGUGUGCACGUGACGGAACUUCAACCUUGAACUUUUGUUGCCUCUUCUCUUCUGUUGUCACCCCGCAUCAAAACCGUUUCCAAUGAUGUACUCAUGGAGUACAAUCAUUUCCAAUCAGCGAUUCUGGAUCUAUCAGCGCGAUGGUCAAAGUUGCAGGAAGGAGGAAAUCUGCACAGUCAUGCAUGGCAAGACGUCCGUCUGGUCAAAAGCCAGGUCCAGGAGGGUCAUUUCCUCCGAAUCACGAGUUUGAUUGCCAGUGGAAACAGGAAAACAGAAGAUGCGGCCAGCGAAGACGUUGAGCAAACUGCAGCAGACUGUAUACCGCCUGGCUCCGCCGAAGAUGAAGACGAAGAAGCCCUUCCCAGGCCGCCUGCCGACCAGACCUCGCAAUCUUCAACUAGACUUACUUACGACAUUAUCUACUCGCCUUCGUAUCAGGUUCCGGUACUUUAUCUGAGUCCUGAGCCGCUGAGGUCUUCGGAAUGGCUUCUGGAAUGCUUGUACGAGCCGACCGCCGGAGUUGUGGGCUUGAGAGGAACAGUGUCUCUUACGGAUCAUCCUGAGACGGAUAGACCUGUGUUCUUCGUGCAUCCUUGCCGGACACAGGAGGCUAUGAUGGACGUUCUGGGUGCUCGGGAGGAUGUCGACGCAGUGGGAUGGCUAUUGAUCUGGUUCGGUAUCAUCGGGAGUGCAGUCGGACUGUCUGUACCCACUGAGCUGGCUAUCGCGAUCCAAAGCUGAAAUUUCAAAAUCAUGCGAAGCAUGCAAUCCGCUGGAGUCUAGCCAAGGUUCACAUGCGAUCGCCGGAAAGGCAGUGUCUCUGUAAGCAGAGCGUCCUUGCCAUCACUUUACAAUCUUCGAAAAGGCUGUCAAGAUGCGGAGCCCAUUGAGGCCACAUGGCCCAGGGGAUUCGAAAUCCUUUUGAAUUUGCGAGAA